UGGGUGCAGCUGAAUUGGGAGACCCCGGUCGCAAGCGCGACGGGGACGACGGUGAUGGUGCUGUUGGUGGCGGUGACCGUGUCUCCAAUGCUCUUGCCGGCGCUGCAGUGACCUCGCUGUCUGGCCAGAUUGGUGAUGGACGAGGCGGUGAUGGCGGCGAUGACGGUCCGGAGUCUGGAAGAUCGCUGUCGGCGCGGCGAACGCGGAGAGGCCAUCGUCAGGGUGCGGUGGCAAUGGCCGGUGACUCCUCGUCAGAAACGGACGCUGCGAGCAUGGGCAGUGGGUGCAGAGAGACCCCCCCGGUAGCCUCCAUGACCGGCGGCGAGACGGGGAGGCAGGAUGUGCGGCGUCCGAGACCCAGGCUGCCCCCGGUCACUGUCACGCGGCCCCCCCCAGUGAAGCCGCCCCCCACUGUGAGCGUGGCAUCCAGGAUACGGGGGCUCACGGAGCGGUACAACCUGAAGCAGAGCCGCGAGAUCGCAAGCAAGAGGAACGUGAGCCGAGAGAGAGCCGCGGAGGAAGCCGCCGUCUCCCUGGGGCAGAGAAGAGUCUCGGUUCAGUUCGGAGAGAGGGAGUUUGUCGGAUACUUUCUCCCGCACGACACCCUGCAGGUCACACCGCACGACGCGGCGACGGCGUGUCCUCGCGUCAUUAGCCCCGUCCCUGGCCCUGCUUGGCCCCAAGCCAGAUUCAGUGUGCCCUGUAAGGUCAGCGUAUCACAGUUUGGUUCGAGGAAAGGAACAGUAAAUAGUCGGUGGAAAAUCACCCAUACUGCGAGGGCCCCAGGCUGCCACAGCUCGGAUGUGGCGAUGGGAAAAAAAGGGGUAUUGGGUCACCACCUGUGCAGUGUUUCCAAGGAUCGUCCUCUUUUGUUUAUCGCAUACACGAUACACAAGUGCGUGAGAUUCAUGAUUAUUUACCCUUCAUGCAAAUCGUAUGUAAUAAUGUUGAGGCCAUGGGUUAUCCUUGAAGCUUAUCCUUGAAAUAAAUUAACACACACCUUAGCAUUCAUUUUCCAAUAACGUGAACAACAACGUUCGUGUCGAGCUAGUGUGAAGACGCCCUUGCAGCGACGGAAGCGACGCAGUGAAACACAGCCUUGGCAGAUAGAAAACAUUCCCUCUCUCGUACCCGAUUAGUGCCGGUGAGAUGCUCGCAGCGACCGGAUAAAUAUCGUUUGCGGGCCGUUUCAAAGUGGGUGGUCAUCAUGAUGCCGUGGGCCGUAUCCCGGUCCAUGUGGCCCGUGGUUUCCUCGACCCCUGGAUUACUGGAAUUAAGAUUACUCCCCCUGGACUACAGUGAUCCAAAUACUCCCCGAUUCCUCCCGUCGCUGGUGGCGCAGGCCGUGUACGAGUGGCUGGGAGUGGCGGUGGCGGCAGCCGGCACGGAGGAGCUGCCCCACCGCUUCUCGCUGGGGCACGCAGGGCGGUUCUUCCCGCUGCGGCCCAACACGCGCGACACGGCUCUCACGCACGUGCCGCUCCGCCUCAGCGUGCACGCGGACACGGUGCCGAGUGCACGCACGCACGCACGCACGUACACACACAGAUAUACAGAGAGGCGCAAACACAGACAUAUAAAAGACAAAGA